GUUCGUCGCACUGGUUCGUCAGAGGAAGUGACGGGAUAGUAAACUCAAAUGAGGACUUCCAAUUUUUCAUGAAGGCUGCCACAAUAUAAGUCUGGUUAAAGUCGUCUGAACGAAGAGCGCAAAUGUUACAGUAGCCUAAUGAUUGUGCGCAAAAACGUUAUAUUCACAGACGCCAGAAACGCUACAAUGUAUCAGAAUAUAGAACGUACUCGGGCGACACAACGAUCAAUGCGGGAUGGUAGCCCACCAACAUUUGCAGAGAUUUCACAAUACUGAAUUAAAUCUGUGGAUCAUAGAUUGGACUUCAUGCAGACUUUUCGGGACUUUUCGUUGAUUUGGAAAUAUUUGCGACCGAUUUCAAGAUGAUUUACAACGAGGGUAGUAGACAGAUUUUUAAUAGUUAAAAGUUCUUCCAUGAGUUUCAGAAUGUAUGCAAGGGAGAUAUCGCCACCAGUUCGGAUUUCUCUGCUAGUGGUAACUCUUGUAUCGCUUGGGAUUUGUUCAGAACUAAAAGUACGAGUGCGUUUAAGUGAUGGACUAAUUGGGGAGGAGAUUUUGGACGCCAACAGUGAGAAUGAUGACAUUACAGUCGAGUUCAAGCAAGGAGAUGGUACUCAUAUUACUGUGGUAUUUGAUUUCAAACGGGAUGUGAGGAUCGUCCGAGCUCUGAUCCUGGGGGAGCCAGAACGAGGCCAGAACCAAUACCAGGUGCUGUGCUUUGUCUCGCGCCUCGAUCAUCACGAGAUCAUCCCCACUGAGUUCAUGGCUCGCCUCAGACAGCUGUUCUGUGAUGGGAUUCUACAGAAGAACCCCCACUUGGUCCGCACGGCAGAGGAGAAGCGUGGGGUGGAACACCUCCACAUGGACAUGGCGGUGAACGUGAGUCAUGCAGGGCACCUCUACACACUCAUCCACAACCUGUGUAAGGAGGCCCAUGAGGGGUUUUAUACCCGGACAGCUGACACCAAGCAUUGGCUGGAUAAAGGAAUAGAGACCAUUGAGUUUGAGCCCCUGCCCCAGACAGUGGAUGUCUCUGGUCUGCAGCGAUGCCCCUCCACUCUGGACCUGUGGCAGCCAUGCUUCUGCAGCUAUCACCUACGUCUGGAGUGGCUCCCCUGCCUGCUCAAAUACUGCCGUAGCCGCCGGGGCGCGGCUGGAAGGGCCAAUCCGUACAAGUGUGGCAUCAGGAGCUGCAGCAAGGGCUACCGCUUUGACUACUACGUCCCCCAUAAACAGCUCUGCCCAUGGGACGAGGAGACCUAAAGCAGCUGGUUUUGCCGUUAGUUCUUUCCUAGAAGGCAUUUAGCCUACCGUGCACAUCUGGACUGAGCAUGGCAGGGGAUUGGCAAGAGGCCUUGAAGUGAAGGAACAGACCUGCCUAGUGCCUACAUAUACACAGAGUAUACCAAACAUUAGGAACACCUUCCUAAUAUUGAGUUUUUCCCUCCGAAAAGCCUCAAUUCAUCAGGGCAUAGGUGCCGAAAGCAAGGUGCUGAAAGCAUCCCAUAGGGAUGCUGGCCCAUGUUGACUCCAAUGCUUCCCACAGUUGUGUCAAGUUGGUUGGAUGUCCUUUGGGUGGUGGACCAUUCUUGAUACACACAGAAAGCUGUUGAGCGUGAAAAACCCAGCAGCAUUGCAGUUCUUGACACAAACCGGUGUGCAUGGCACCUACUACCAUACCCUGUUCAAAGGCACUUAAAUGUUGUGUUUUGCCCAUUCACCCUCCGAAUGGCACACAUACACAAUUCACGUCUCAAUUGUCUCAAGGCUUAAAAAUCCUUAUUUAACCUGUCUCCUCACCUUCAUCUACACUGAUUGAAGUGGAUUAACAUCAAUAAGGGAUUAUAGCUUUCACCUGGAUUCACCUGGUCAGUCUAUGUCAUGGAAAGAGCAGGUGUUCUUAAUGUUUUGUACACUUAGUGUAAGUCUAACUUAUUUUCAGACAGAAGAGUGUCUCUGACUCACCACCAAGGUAUUUGGAUUCAACCAGACAGUAGCAUAUCUAUUGUAACCAUAUGUUUUUAAUGUUGGAUGUUUCCUACAGUGGUGUGUCGAGUGUUGUCCAUAUAUAAUAAUUAUUUUUCUAAGCAUGCAAGUGUCCGUAUUAGGGCAGCUAGACAGGAGCCUAAUGGGGGAAAAUUGACAAUAUGAAAAUUGUAAUAUCGCCCAACCUAGAAGGAAUUGCCCAUGCUACUAUGGAUGAAUGUUUUGAUUUGAUGCCAUCAGUCAAAUUGCUGUUCAGUGCUCCCUUGGGGUAAAACUGGAUGGUGGAUCUGCUCAGAGAAGACAUUCAUCCAUGGUAGUGAAUGAAUCACUUAACUGAUGUAGUUUUUAUUUACGUAAUGCAAAAUAAAGCCAUUUAUUGACAUUCUGUUAAAAGAACUAGGAUAUUGAAACAGUACAGUCUGUAACCAAUAUCCACACUCUUACCUUGAACUAUAGGGACCAAUUUUUGGCUGGCUGGAAGGGUUUUGUCAUUGCUGUCAAAUGCAUCAGCAUGUAGCAUCAUAUGCAGAAACUGACUUAAGUCAUGAUUAUACUAUAGGUAUACGGAAUAAAGUGAUUAACUGUGA